AUGUCCCCCUGGUUCACCUGGCUGACACCGGCCAUUCCCCUGCUACUGCUCUGGCUGGUCGGGGAUGGGUCAGGGAUGGUUCAGGCAACUGUGUGUUCACGGUGGGAUCGUUCGGUUGGUCUGGAUGACCGUAGUCUCUCCCAGGAAGGUGAAGUCGUGAUCGGUGGUCUCAUCCCCUUCCAUAACCUCCCUCCUGCUCCAGACCUGAGCUUCAGCCAACCCCCUGACCUGCAGGCCUGUGUCAAUUUCCAAGAGGAACCAUUGCAAUGGGCACAUGCGCUGGUGUUUGCGGUGGACGAGAUUAACCGUAACCCCUUCCUGCUGCCGGGGGUUCGGCUGGGCUACCGUAUCCUGGACAGCUGUAAUCAGCACCCCUGGAGCCUGCGAGGGGCACUGUCCCUGGUGUCAGGGGGGAACAUCAGAUGUGAAACUACAGAGAUUUCUAACCUCAAAUCACGGCCAUCUAGUGACUGCCCUGUUUCUCUGGUCAUUGGUGAUGCAUCGUCCACUCAGACCAUCAUCCUGGCCAGGACCCUGGGGCCUCUCUCUGUGCCUGUGAUCAGUUACCAGGCCAGCUGUGGCUGUCUCAGUGACAGACAUGAGUUCCCUAACUUCUUCAGGACCAUCCCCAGUGAUGUCUACCAGGCCCUCACCAUGGCACGGCUCACCUGGCUCUUGGGAUGGACCUGGGUCGGGGCUAUUGCUGUAGACAAUGACUACGGUCGUCUGGCCAUACAGGUGUUUGAGGAGGAGAUUCGGGGGACGGGGGUGUGCCUGGCGUUCUUUGAGACCCUCAACCGGGCGAACCUGGUGAGUGAUGUGGAGCGAGCAGCAGACACGGUCCAGGCCUCGACAGCACGGGUCAUCCUAGUCUUCCUCUGGUACACUGACAUGGGGGCGUUACUCCUGGAGCUGGGGAGGAGAAACGUGACGGACAGGCAGUUUCUGGCCAGUGAGGCAUGGAGCACCAGCGGAGAACUCCUACGAAACCCCGCCCUCUUUAAAGUCGCUCAGGGCGUCGUGGGUGUGGCUAUCCGCAGUGCACCUAUUCCUGGCUUUGAGGCCCACCUUCGAAGUCUCAACCCCUCUCGUCGUCCCGGAGAUGUCCUGUUGAAGGAACUCUGGGAAACGGUGUUUGGGUGUAGCCCUGGAGCAGCACAUGGACACGGCACGUCUCUGCUACCCUCUCCCCUUCCUCCAACCCCCUCUGUGUCACUACCACACACCCCUCCUCCCACCUCCAGUUCCCCUCAUCCACGCCUGGCCUCCUGCAGUGGGGCAGAGACUCUGGAGGGGAUACAGAGCCCCUUCACAGACACCUCCCAGCUGAGAAUAACCUAUAACGUGUACCUGGCUGUGUAUGCUGCAGCCCACGCCCUCCACAGCCUGCUGUCCUGCCCCCAGAGAGACAGCCCUACCUGGGGCAGCAGCCCAGCAGAGGUACUCUCAUCUAUUCUGUUGCAGCACCUGAACCAAGUUAACUUCACCACUCCACUUGGGGAGCCGUUCUACUCGGGCGCGGACGUCCCUGCUGUGUACGACCUUGUGAACUGGCAGGCCACGCCCCAGGGGUUGCUCAAACUAGUCACAAUUGGCCGUGUAGACGGGUCCAAUCUCCUCAUCAACCAAUCAGCCAUCCAGUGGAACACAGGAUCUAGUACGGUGCCUGUGUCAGUGUGCAGUGACAGCUGUCCCCCAGGCACCCGUGUAGCCAGGAGGAAGGGGGAGCCUGUCUGCUGCUUCGACUGCAUCUCCUGUGCUGAGGGAGAGGUCAGCAACACCACAGGCUCUUUGCAAUGUGACCGGUGUCCUCUGGAGUUCUGGUCCAACAGCCAUCGGACCGCCUGCAUCCCUCGUCAGCUCGAGUUCCUCUCCUUCAAUGACGUGAUGGGCGUCACCCUGACCACUGUUGCCGUGUGCGGCGCUGUGGCAACAGUGGCUGUGUUUAUGUUCUUUGUGUACCACCGCCACACCCCUCUGGUGCGGGCCAACAACUCGGAGCUGAGCUUCCUGCUUCUCCUGUCCCUCAAGCUCUGCUUCCUGUGUUCAUUGGUGUUCAUUGGCCGUCCCUCUGUGUGGGCGUGUCGGAUCCGCCAGGCAGCAUUUGGGGUCAUCUUCGUGCUCUGUCUCUCCUGCCUCCUGGUCAAGACCAUCGUGGUUCUGGCUGUGUUCCGCUCAGUCAGGCCCGGUGCUGGGCAGCUGAUGAGGUGUUUUGGACCCGUUCAGCAGAGAGGGAGUGUCUUCCUCUUUACCAGUGUUCAGGUGAUCAUCUGUGCCGUGUGGCUGUCCAUGAGCCCUCCCCUGCCUUACCGUGACCUAGGCCUCAAGGGGUCAAAGGUCAUCCUGGAGUGUGAAGUGGGCUCUGUGGUUGGCUUCUCUCUGGUGCUGGGCUACAUCGGCCUUCUGGCCUCCCUCUGUCUCCUCUUAGCCUUCCUGGCCAGGAAACUCCCAGACAACUUCAACGAGGCCAAGUUCAUCACCUUCAGCAUGCUGAUCUUCUGUGCCGUGUGGAUCUCCUUCAUCCCUGCCUACAUCAGCUCUCCUGGGAAGUACGCAGACGCUGUGGAAAUAUUCGCCAUCUUAGCUUCCAGCUUUGGGUUACUGCUAUGCAUCUUCGCUCCGAAGUGUUACAUCAUCCUCCUGAGACCAGAGAGAAACACCAAGAAACACAUGAUGUCCAAAUAGAAACCACCAAGAAACACAUGAUGUCCAAUUAGAAACAACCAAGAAACACAUGAUGUCCAAUUAGAAACAACCAAGAAAUAUAUGAUGUCCAAUUAGAAACAACCAAGAAACACAUGAUGUCCAAAUAGAAACCACAUGAUGUCCAAUUAGAAACAACCAAGAAACACAUGAUGUCCAAAUAGAAACCACAUGAUGUCCAAUUAGAAACAACCAAGAAACACAUGAUGUCCAAUUAGAAACAACCAAGAAACACAUGAUGUCCAAUUAGAAACAACCAAGAAACACAUGAUGUCCAAUUAGAAACCACCAAGAAACCACAUGAUGUCCAAUUAGAAACCACCAAGAAACACAUGAUGUCCAAUUAGAAACCACCAAGAAACACAUGAUGUCCAAUUAGAAACCACCAAGAAAUACAUGAUGUCCAAUUUGAAACCACCAAGAAACACAUGAUGUCCAAUUAGAAACUACCAAGAAAUACAUGAUGUCCAAUUAGAAACUACCAAGAAAUACAUGAUGUCCAAUUAGAAACCACCAAGAAACACAUGUUGUCCAAUUAGAAACCACCAAGAAACACAUGAUGUCCAAUUAGAAACCACCAAGAAACACAUGAUGUCCAAAUAGGAACCACCAAGAAAUACAUGAUGUCCAAUUAGAAACCACCAAGAAACACAUGAUGUCCAAUUAGAAACCACCAAGAAACACAUGAUGUCCAAUUAGAAACCACCAAGAAACACAUGAUGUCCAGUUAGAAACCACCAAGAAACACAUGAUGUCCAAUUAGAAACCACCAAGAAACACAUGAUGUCCAAUUAGAAACGACCAAGAAAGAUAUUGAUGUCCAAUUAGAAACCAGCAAGAAACACAUGAUGUCCAAUUAGAAACCAGCAAGAAACACAUGAUGUCCAAUUAGAAACCACCAAGAAACACAUGAUGUCCAAUUAGAAACCACCAAGAAAUAUAUUAUGUCCAAUUAGAAACCACCAAGAAACACAUGAUGUCCAAUUAGAAACCACCAAGAAACACAUGAUGUCCAAAUAUUGUCAUCUUUGUGUUUAGUUAAUCACACCAUCUCACUAUUGUUCUGUAUGGAUAAACUUAACAAAGAAUGACAUGAUACACUAUAUAAUACUAGACAACAGAAAAUACCUAACGUUGAUGGACACAAAUGAACAGGACUUUUCUACCCUGCUGGUAGUGUAUGUUUCUAAUGAUUCAAAAAUGAGUCAGCAGUGACUCAUGGUUGAGUCAACAGUGAAUCAAUAGUUUGUCAAUAGUGAAUCAACACUUAGUAAGUCUUCCUCUGAAUCACAAUAUGACUCUUCUUUUCAAUAGACUUUAAUGAUAUCCAUUUCUCCCCUGAAUGUCAGUUCUGAAAACAAAUCAGUUCAAUUAGAUAUGGUUAAUGAAAAAUGUUGUUUUAUCCUUUCACAUUUUAUGAGGUGUGUAAUUCUCUAUUCCAAUAUGACACAGUUUCCUCAUUUUUUUAUAAAAUAUAUCGCUAAAUUUCAACUGUUCAAUAA